GGGGUGACUGCGGGGUGCCCAUGCCCAUCCCUGUGGUGCUCAUGCCCAUCCCCCCGGGACAGGGACCACCCAGCCCUGCUUGCUGUCCCCGGUGGGAGCUGCCCUGACCCCCCGGCCCCCCACGGAAAGGGCUUUUCUGGUGCCCUGUGCCCUGCCAAGGGCUCGGGCUAAGCUGUCAGCUGACAUUCCUCUGAGAGGCCCCUCCGGGUCUGCGCCGCGGGGCUCUCCGGUGGGAGCUGCUGUAUCCUCACAGGCCCAGCCCCGCUCCCGGCUCCCACCUGAAAACCCACCCAGGAGCCCACCCGCUGGCCCAGCACCCAGAGGAGGGUCCCUGGACGCCCUGCUCGGUGCCUGCCCGGCGGUGCAGGAUGGGUGCUGCAGCACUGCCACCAGUGGCCACCUGCCUGCUGCUGCUGGCCCUGCUCCCCACAGCUGGUGGCCAGGGGACCCCUCCCUCAGGCUGUGGCAAGGACCUCUCCUCCCUCUACUACAACCUCUGCGACCUCUCAGCAGCAUGGGGCAUCGUGCUGGAGGCCGUGGCCAGCCUCGGUGUGGUGACCAGCUUCGUGCUCACCAUCGUCCUGGUGGCCAGCCUGCCCUUCGUGCAGGACCCCCAGAAGAAAAGCCUGGUGGCUACGCAGGUCGUCUUUCUUCUGGGCACCUUCGGGCUCUUCUGCCUGACAUUUGACUUCAUCGUGGGGCCGGAUUUCUCCACCUGCACCUCCCGCCGCUUCCUCUUCGGUGUCCUCUUUGGCAUCUGCUUCUCCUGCCUGCUGGCUCACGCCGUGGCCCUCAACUUCUUGGCACGGAGGAACCGGGGCCCGCGGGGUUGGGUGACGCUGGUGGUGGCCCUGCUCCUCGCCUUGGUGGAGGUCAUCAUCAACGCCGAGUGGCUCAUCAUCACGGUGGCACGGCGGGAGGGCAGCCCCACGGACCCUUGCCAGCUGGAGGACGCCGACUUCGUCAUGGCGCUCAUCUACGUCAUGUUCCUGCUGGUGGCCACCUUCAGCACCGCCUGGCCCGUCCUCUGCGCCCGCUACGGCCGCUGGCGCAAGCACGGCGCCUUCAUCCUGGCCACCACCGGCCUCUCCAUGGCCAUCUGGGUGGCGUGGACGGCCAUGUACCUCUAUGGCAACCGGAACGUGGGUGAGAAGCCCGGCUGGGAUGACCCCACUCUGGCCAUCGCGCUGGUCUCCAACGCCUGCACCUUCCUCCUCCUCUACGUCAUCCCCGAGGUGACGCACGUGACGCGGCGGAGCCCCGAGCAGGCCUUCGAGGACGAUAUCUACCCCACCCGGGGGGUGGGCUACGAGACCAUCCUCAAGGAGCAGAAGUCCCAGAGCAUGUUUGUGGAGAACAAAGCCUUCUCCAUGGAUGAGCCCUCCUUCGCCAAGAAACCGGUGUCCCCAUACAGUGGCUACAACGGGCAACUGCUGACCAGUGUCUACCAGCCCACCGAGAUGGCUCUGAUGCAGAAGACUGAAGGUCCCUACGAUGUGAUCCUGCCCCGUGCCUCCACCGGCAGCCCGGCAGCCGGCAGCACCAGCUCCACCCUGCGAGCUGAGGACGCCUUCACGGCACAGUCCCGGCACGCCAGCACCCCACGGGACAGCCGGGGCUGCCAGGUGCAGUCCCCGUACAGCAGGAACCGGUGGUGAAGCCCCUGGGCACAGCCGUGGCCCCACCGUCCCGCUCCAGAGGUCUCUCCAAGCCUCAUCCCACCCCACCAAGGUCCAUCCCAGCCCGUCCGGCAGCCAGAGCCGGUUCCUGCACAGGGGACAUCCGAUGUGAUCCCAGAGCCAUUGUCCCGUCCUACCUGGCCAUGGCACCCACAAGCUGCCGGCUCUGCCCAGACC